AUGCCUACUAUCACUAGUUAUUUCGGUUUUCUACUAGCAGUUUUAACUAUAACCUCAGCUCUAUUUAUCGGUCUGAACAAGAUACGACUUAUUUGA